UCAAUCUCACAUAUACAGCGCCUCCAAUCAGACUCACCAACAAAUAUAAAACAUAGAACAUAGAAAUACAAUCACCCACUUAUAAAGAUGUCUUGCUGGGUCCCGGGCUUAUCCCAAAGUGAGAGCGAAAUAACCCUGGAGAAGAGCGUCUUCCAGGAGGAGGCUAGCAAUGACUCCCAACUCGAAGAGUCCUAUCAGCAGCUGGAAAGGAUGAAACAGCGUGUGCUGCAGAUGAAAAGUAAGUUAGUUCACACUCUAAGCAAGGAAUCGGGAUCAGAUCAAGUGCCCUUUCAAUCGGACAAUGCCAACUUGAGGGAGAUCCAGCUGGAGACCUUGCAGGGCUUCCAGCAAAUCGAGGUGGUUAAGAGCCGCCUCAGGGAGACCACCGAAGAGCUGAGCUUGGUGAGUGAGCGGAUUGAGGAGUCUAGAUGUUGCGCGGAUAAGCUGAUGAAGCAGCUGGACGAGGUGCCCAAGUGGAUAGAGGAGCACAAGCAUCAGGUGGAAGUGUGCCUGGAGCGGCACAACGAGCUGGACACCAGCUACUGCAGCGACUUGGACUACAGGUCCCAAAUACAGCCACUCCAAAGGACACUGAAGAACUUGUAUCGCGCUAGGGUCCCCUUGAGAUGUUACAAGAUCGAGCACAUGGACAUGAGAAACCGCUUGAAACGAACCCUACAUUUGCUGCACCAGACCCGCCGGAAGCUGAUGCAUGCCAUUCGGAAAAUGAAUAAGACCCUGGAGUCGGCCAAGACUUCACAUAUGCUGAUCUCCCUUGUGGACCCACCCGAAAAGCUGAAGACCGUCGAACAUCAGCUCAAAGAGCAGGAGAGUGGCUUGCUGGCCAGACCCUCCUGGAUUUCGCGACUGCCCAAACUCGAAUAUGAAUCGACGCACUCCCUAAAACAAUUGGUCACCGAAAUCACACACAAUAAUCGGAACUAAUUGAGCAAAAAUGCAUUUCGCAAAUAUUUUGAUAACGGAUUUUGCAGCCAUUUAAACCACAAAAACGCAAUUAGCCGUAAACGUAAUUAACCAAAACAGAAUGCCACCUCAAAUGCACUAAAAAGUAAAAUAAUUAAAGCCAGUAAAACCACAAAGCGGAUGCGUAAUAUUUA